AUGAAUUCAAUGACUUCAGCAGACCCUAUGGCCAAUUCCACGUUUGCGACGGCACCCCAAGGCAGCUAUCCUGCGGCAGCACCCCCCAGCAGUUAUCCUAUCAUCCCACAAGUCGUGUCUCAAGUGCCCCUAUAUCCAAACAACCAGCCCCAAGUCCAUCUAAUUCCUGGAAACCCUCCUGGUUUGGAGUCGAAUGUCAAUGUCAAUGUGCAACCUGCCCAGAACCGCUUGAAAGAAGGCAAAACCUUAGGGGCCAUCCAGAUCCUGAUAGGCCUGUUUCACCUUGGCCUCAGCUCAGUCUUGGCGACUGUUCUCUACGGGGACUAUCUAGCAAUCUCAUUCUACGGAGGCUUUGUCUUCUGGGGAGGCAUCUGGUUUAUCAUUUCAGGAUCUUUGUCAGUGGCAGCAGAAAAUCAGCCAAAUUCUUCUUGCCUGCUGAAUGCUAGCGUGGGCUUGAACAUCGUCAGUGCAAUCAGUGCUUCAGUUGGAUUCAUACUCUUCAUCGUAGAUCUAAGUGUCAACACCUCAUAUAUCCACCCCAACCAUUAUCCUUACUCUUGGGGAGUGGCCCCUGGGUUGAUGGCCUCAGGCGUGCUGCUGGUCUUCUGCCUGCUGGAGUUGGGGGUUUCAGUGGCCGCUGCCCACUUUGGCUGCCAGAUGGUCUGCUGUCCGCGUAACACUGUGAGCACAAUCUACCCAAAUGUCUACGCAACAAGCACAGCGUUCAUCCCAGAACCAUCGAACAUGCCGGCACCACCACGUUAUUCCAGUGAGGUCCAAGGCUCCACAUAA